UUAAUGUCUCACCCCAGCAGACAGAUAAUGGUCUACUGGAAAACAGGGCAAAUAUAUUCAAUUAAAAAAUAAAACAGAGCAAAGAUGACGGUGUGAACUUCUACACUAUUGCUUGCUCUUUGCGACGAUACUCAUAGGCCGCGCCGCUGCCGCCGCCGUGCUCCUCCGUCUAAUUUAACCCAUCCGCCACCUCUCGCUUUUAUCGAGUAAGAGAUGGAAGAGUGAGUCAGGGAGUUGAAGAAUCAAUUAGUAAAAGAACUGAACAAUAUUAUCAAUUGAUAUCCCAAGAUGGAGCGAGAUUUCUUUAGAUAUCUGCCACAAGAAAUCAUAAUCGACAUCCUCUCAAGACUCCCCAUCAUAACCAUUUUGAGCUGCAAAUGUGUUUGUAAGUCGUGGAACGAUCUUGUCAAGUCUUCUGAGUUUGCCGAGUCACAUCUUUCUAGAUCAGUCCCCGGCCUCGCCCUCUUUCUAGGCAGGGGUUGCCGAAAGCCACACAAGAUUCUUGAAUUUGUAGACAUGCCUGGUUUGGUAAACUCUGAACGUCAUCGUAACAGAGUCUUCAACGUCAACUUCAAGUUCAACUUCCCUUCCUAUGCAUACAUAUAUAGCUCAGUUAACGGUUUGCUCUUUAUGUGUACACAAGACAUGAGUAAUCCGCGUGAUCUUUUCAUCUGCAACCCUGUGACCCAUGACUACAUCAGCCUUCCUCAUCCUCCAGAUUGUCUGUUUCUCCAUCACAGUUUUGGGUUUGGGAUGAGCAAAACGACGGGCCAGUAUAAGCUGGUUCGGAUCUUUCAUGUUUGCAGAGAAUUUGUUCCUCCUGAAUGCGAGGUUUACACUCUUGGGACGGGAUUGUGGAGAAGCCUUAAAGCUGGUGACCCUGGCCCACUUAUGUACGAAGCACGUACAGGUGCAUUUAUAAACGGAAAUCUUCACUGGUUGGUAGCCGAUUCCAAGGGCUGUCAACAGAUUUCUUGCUUUGAUCUAGAAACCGAGCUUUUUAGCAGCUUUGCUUCUCCUCCUGAUCGUCCAAAGGAAAAUAAUUUCUUUCGCUGUUGCCUCUCUGUUCUGGGGGAUCGCCUGUGUUUGUGCGAUAAUUUUAAUGGUGUGAUUGUUAUCUGGAUGAUGAAGGAAUAUGGAGACGAGAAAUCUUGGACAAAGGAAUUUGUCAUUAGAAAACAACUUCAUAGAAGUUUUUGGGGCAAAUUUUGUGGAUUCCAUUUCCCUAUCAAAGUGUUCAAAGAUGGCGACAUCUUGGUCGCAGAGCAAGACGGCCCUGGACUAUUUUGCUACUCGAGCGAGGGUGGAACUAUUCAAGAAAUUGAUCCUUUUAAGGUAUGUUGCUAUAGUCUUACCAACACAGUCAUUUAUACCCCAAGCUUUCUUUCGGUCAAAAUGUUUGGGACGGAGAAGGUAUGCUCGUUCUGAUGUUCAAUCGUUUUAGUCUCAUGAUAUGUUGUUCGGUUGGGUGUACUCGGUAUGGUACUUAGUUUCGGGACAAUGCUAUGUAGGAUUUGUCAGAGUAUUUUUAUGCAAUCAAAUCUGUUAGUGUUAUUAAUCGUUUUAGGGUACAGAUUUGAAUUUCACUCAGCUUCUUUCUUUCUUUUUUCUUUUCGUUUUGUCUUUUAUUACUGAGCUUGACUGUGAGUUUGGAGAAAACGAGUAGUAUGUUGUGUGCUGUAAUGUAUUGUACCGUUUGGCAUCGCAGAAUAAAUAAUUUUUCGUAA